AUGAUUUCCACUUAUCGACGACAACUAUCAUUAUUUAUCAUCGUUUAUGUUAUAUUUUCAUUGACAAUUAAAAUUGUCAAUGCAUUUGAAAAUGUUCAUCCAAGAAUCAAUCAAAAAAUACUUAUUGGGCCACAUAAUAUUAAUGCACAUCCAGGUGAAACAAUACAAUUGCCUUGUAUUGUUUCGAAACAAUUUGAUGCUACUGUAACAUGGUGUUGGAAUGAUUUUUGUACGUUAGGUAAAGCACAAUUAGUUCGCCAUGAUACAAUAUAUGAUGGUCUGAUAAGUAUUUAUCAAUAUGCUGCUUAUCCAAGAUUUCGAUUACUUAUCAAUGAACGUCUUAAUCAUUAUAAUCUAUCGAUUACUAAUGUAUCACAUAAAGAUGAAGGAAUAUUUCAAUGUCAAAUACAGAGAACAAUGUAUGCACAUGAAGCACGUUCAGAACGUGUUCGCUUGACCGUUAUUGGUAUAAAAAGAUGCUUGAAACUUUUUAUUUUUAUUGAUUAUUUUUUAUUUUCAUCUUGUUUGUUAUUAGCACCACCUAAUGAUCAACCAAGAUUAUUACUACCAAAUAUGCCAUUAAAACAAGGUCAAUCAGCGAAAAUAACUUGUGUAUCAUCUCCAUCAAAACCAGCAUCAAAAUUAAUUUUAUAUAAAAAUGAACAAAUUCUAACAACGGAAUUAUCAUCUUCAACGUAUAUCUAUGAAUUAGAUAUAAAUACAAAUAAAAAUUUAACGAAACUUAUUUAUACUAUUAAAGAUCCAGAUAGUAGUUGGAAUAAUAUAAUUAUAAAAUGUAAACAAAUUUAUGAAUUUACAAACUAUUCUCAAUUAUAUGUUACAGGAAAAAUACAAGUUCAUUAUAAACCAAAAGUUCGCAUUGAAUCUCAAAAUCGUCAUCCAUUAACUGUUAAUUCAACAGCAACAUUUCGUUGUAUUGCUCAGGGGAAUCCUGAACCUCAAUUUAAAUGGUUUGCUAAUUCAAUCGAUUUAUCAUCAUUAACAAGUUCAAUAAUUAACAUUCCCUUAUCAAAACAUGUCCAUAAUCAUUCAAUUGGUUGUACAGCUAUAAAUUCAGUUGGCAUGACAAAUACAAGUAUUCGAUUAUUAAUUCGACAUCCGCCCGUAUUGAUUAUUCGUCCACCAAAAUUUGUUACCUUGAAUUUGGAUAGUAAAUCAUCAUCAAAUCCAACAGUACUUCGUUGUAUAGUUGAUUCAUAUCCUCGUGCAAAAAUUACUUGGUAUCGUUACGGAGAAAUAAUAGCUGAAGGUUCAUUAUUUAAUCUAACAAAUAUAACUAAACGAGAACAACAAGGAAUUUAUUCAUAUCAUAUUGAAACAGAUGGUUUUGAACCCAUAAAAAAUGAUUUUAUUAUUUAUAUCAAAGAUUUUUUUCUAGGUAAACCAUUGAUUUAUAUUCAAGAAUCAAAACAAUAUAAUCGAUUAUUUGAAUGUCAAGUUUAUUCAUCCAGUCCAAUACUUAGAAUAACUUGGAGAUUAAAUGAUGAACCUAUUGAAUCUUCUGAUCAAUUAUCUAUAUCAACUACAUGCGAUGAUUAUAGUUGUAAAUCAAAAUUAGUCUAUGAUUAUCCUACAAUAAUUCCAUCAUCAAACUCUCUCAAUCGUUUAUCAUGUAUAGGAGAAAAUGAAUUUGGCAUUGAACAAAGUCGUCUCUAUCAAAUGGAUACAUCGGAUGAUCCAACUAUUAUUUUAGUAUCAAUUAUAUUAAUUACAUUGGGUUUAAUAGUUAUUUUCUCUAUUACUGCUAUUUUUUGUUGUUGUCGUGUAAGACGAAUUCGAAAAAAACAUAAAUGUUUAAAUAAUAAAAAACUUCCUAUUGUUUAUGAUGAACAUUAUUCAAUUAAUGAACUUAUUAAAGAAGUUGGAUCUUUAAGAACAUGUAAUAAUUUAAUGAAUAAUAUCGACAGAUUAUCAUUACAAAUGGAGUCAACAGAUCGCUUAUUAACAACAUCAUGUAAUAAUAAUAAUAAUAAUACAAAAACUGUACUGGAUAAUUUAUCCAAUGAAUCAUCAACAAAUAGUUCAGGUUUUCAUUCAAAAUCAACAACAACUAUAUUCAAUAAUGAAUAUAGUCCGAGAUUACCUGAAACAGUUGAGUCGUCAUUUUCAGGUAUUAAAAAAAGGAAAAGAAAACAAGAAUUUCCUAAGAAAUGA